AUGGGAAAGCAACUAGCAACCAAUAAUAUAAUAAAAGAAUUAUUAAAAGUCAUAGAACUAUUAUUAGAAAAGGCUGCUUUUGAGUUUGGUCAUGAUGAUGCUUUGUAUACUUUGGCAGACAUGAACUUUGCAAGUUAUGGAAAAUAUACAUAUCCUCGUAAUCUUACAGCAGCUUUUAAUUAUUAUCAAGAAUUAGCAAAUAGAUCUGGUAAUUCAACUGCCCAACAAAUGAUUGGUUUUAUGUAUGCAACUGGAAUUGAUGAUGUGGUUGAAAGAGAUCAAGUAAAGGCAUUAUUGUACCAUAAAUUUGCCGCAUCUGGUCACGAUACUGCUGCUGAAAUGACUUUGGCAUAUCUUUAUUUAAUGGGAAUUGGAGUACCAAGAAGUUGUGAAGAUUCUUUGUUUUAUUAUAAACGUGUUGCUGACAAAGCUAUUGAAUAUUAUAAAUCAGGACCAAUUGGUGGUCGUCAACUUCCUCCAAAAAAAAUUAGAUUAUAUGACGAGAACGGUGGUAUUUAUGGAUAUGGCGCAAGUGCUAGUUCACCUUCUAAAUUAAUUAAUCAACCUGUUUGGGAUGAUAUUUUGGAAUAUUAUCAAUACAUGGCCAAUAAAGGUGAUAUCAAUGCUCAGAUAGGUUUAGGCCAAUUGUUUUAUCAAGGAACUAGAAGUAUUUCUCAAAAUUUUGAAUUGGCAUUAAAAUAUUUAAAACUUGCUGCAAAUCAAUAUUGGAAGUCAUCAUCAUCGUCGUCGUCAGGUGCUUCAAUGUUAAAUGAUCCAAUCUUAUCAUAUUCAUUAUCUUCACCAACAUCAUCUCCUCCUACAACUAAUCCAGAGGUUGUUCAAGCAGCUGGUCAAGCGGCUGGAAUAUUAGGUCAAAUGUAUUUGAGAGGUGAAGGCGUUGAACAAAAUAAUCGAACCGCCUUGAAAUGGUUUCUUAGAGGUGUUAAACUUUCUAAUCCUACUGCACUAAACGGACUUGGUUUGAUGCAUAUGAACGGUGUUGAAGUUCAAAAGAGUUAUGAAAAUGCAAUGAAUUUGUUUAAACUUGCAGCCAAAUUAGAUUAUCCUGAUGCUUUGGCUAAUUUGGGCUUAAUAUUUUUUCAAAAAGGAGAAUUCAAAUUAGCAUAUGAUUGCUUCCAAGAGGCGGCAGAUCAAUCAAAUCAUCUACUUGCCGUUUAUUAUUUAGCUGAAUUGUCUACAAAUGGUUUCGGUACUAAUCCAUCUUGUUCAACGGCCGUGACUUUGUAUAAAAAGGUUGUAGAAAAUGGUGACUGGUUGUAUUCAACGUUUCCUGAAGCUUAUAAAGCAUAUUUAUCUGGUGAUAAAGAAAGUGCAUUUGUUCAUUAUUUAUUAGCAUCUGAAAGAGGAUAUGAAAUUGCACAAUCAAAUGUUGCUUGGCUACUAGAUAGGGACAAGUCAAUGUGGUGGUAUCUGCCACAAAUAGAUUCAAAAAUCAAUGAUCCUGUUCAAGAACGAUUAGCUUUAAUUUACUGGACAAGAUCUGCAAAUCAAGGAAAUAUUGAUGCAAGAGUAAAAAUGGGCGACUAUUAUUUUAAAGGUUUAGGAACUGAUGUUGAUUUUGUUAAAGCUGCCACUUGUUAUCAAAUAGCUGCUGAAGUUCAAUUUAGUGCUAUGGCCAUGUGGAACCUUGGUUGGAUGUAUGAAAAUGGAAUUGGUGUUUUUAAGGAUUUUCACCUUGCUAAAAAAUGGUAUGAUCGAUCAUUAGCAACAAAUCCCGAUGGUUAUUUACCAACAACAUUAUCUUUAAUCAAUUUACAUAUUAAAAGAUUAUGGGAAUAUCUUAGAAAAACAUCAAAUAAUAAAGAAAAAAAGGAUGAUGAAACAGAUAACAGUGGUAAUAAUAAUUCAAUUGAAACAAUCUUCCUCUCUUCUCCUCAUUUACCAAUUGCUUCUCCUUCUUCAUCAUUGACUUCUACCAACGACAAUUCUAAUCCUAAUAAUGAUAUAAAACAUACUCGUAAAGAUUGGGAUCUUAUUGGACCAGAAGGCGAAAAAUUAAUAGAAAAAUAUAAUGCACAUAAAUAUGGCGGUGAUGAUGAUGAUUUUGAUGAAUCACCAUUUUCUUCUUUUGCUACAGAAGAAGAUGAUGAUGACGAUUUACUUAUUUCAUUAGACAUAUUUAUUAUAUUAUUUUGCUGUUUCUUCCUUGCAUGGUUAAUUUAUUUUAGACAAUUAAGAAAUCGUGCUAUUAAUGACAACAACAAUAAUAAUCAAUGA